UAUCGAAUUGGUACUACGUGGGGAAAUAUUCCGGAAAGCCUUGUGUCUUUAAAAGAGAUUCUAUGUUUAAAGAGUGAUAUACUCAAUGUUCUUGACGCUGUUAAUAAAAUAAAAAGAAUCGCCUUAAACACAAGUUCAGAGGAUUUGUUUACAAUUAAUAAUCUUCCAGAGACAACACCAUCCCCGAAUAAAAUUCAGAAAAAAUCAAUAUAA